CACUGACGUACAGAUCCGUGUGAUCCGUCCUCCUAACUAUGCAGGUCCGUUGAUGCUGGGAUUCCUGCUGGCAGUGAUAGGAGGACUGGCUUACCUCCGUAGAAACAACCUGGAGUUCCUCUACAACAAGAACGUCUGGGCCUUCUCUGCUCUGUGUUUCUGCCUGAUCAUGACUUCAGGUCAGAUGUGGAACCACAUUAGAGGACCUCCCUACGCCCACAAGAACCCCACUACUGGACAAGUGAGUUACAUCCACGGCAGCAGUCAGGCCCAGUUUGUAGCAGAAACUCACAUCGUGCUGCUCUUCAACUCUGCUGUUACCAUGGGGAUGGUGCUGUUGCACGAGGCUGCCACGUCAGAUAUGGACAUUGCCAAAAGGAAAAUCAUGUGUGUAGCAGGGAUCGGUCUGGUGAUGCUCUUCUUCAGUUGGCUGCUGUCCAUCUUUAGAGCUAAAUACCAUGGAUACCCUUACAGUUUCCUGUUGAGUUAGAGCUGGGAGGAAGAAGCCUGGAAGUUCCAAAGUGCCUCGGACAUCUCACACGACAACAACACACGACGACAACAACACACUACAACAACAACACAACAACACAACACAA